AUGCAUCAACUCUAUUUGGAACUUUACGAACCAGAAAGUGUUAGCAAUAAUAAAUAUGAACCCAAAGUUCCCUAUGACUUCUAUUAUCGAUACUUCAAAGAAACCUUCAACUACAGGUUUGGCUCACCUCGAUCAGAUACGUGCAAAAAAUGUGAUGUCUUAGAUAACAAACUCAAAGAUAUGACCCUCGACGAAAAUGAACGAAGAGUUUUAGCGGAAAAGAAGUUGUAUGAAAUUAAGGCAGUUUUGAUAAUAAUAAUUAAUUCAUGUGAUCGCGUUGAGAAGAAAGCCAACGAACUCUUGGAAGCAUGUAUCUAUGUCGCAGGAUCAACAAAACAUACAACUGCUAGCGAUAUGGUCAAUUUUAUAAAGUUCCUGCUACCCAAAUUUACCUGCGCUGGAUUUUUUGGUAUUAAUCAAAUGGUUUUAUCCAACUUUCUUUCUACAACUGCUACAUACAUAAUCAUAAUUCUGCAAUUUAGAGCUAUUAAUCCUCCAACUUAAUAACAAAUAAAAUUGAUUCGUUAUUUGCAGAACAGAUUAGACUCCGAAAUUGCAAUACUUCGG